GGUGACAGCCAGCUCACAGUCCACCUGUAUCCUACAUACAGCAGUAAGCACAAGAAAAAGACAUGCCGGUGGCUCACAUCAAAACCAACCUGUCCUCGGACCAGAUCAGCGAUGAGUUCAUGAAAGAGACAUUCAAGAUGAUCGCCGAGCUUCUCUACAAGGAAGAAUGGAGGGUGGCCGUUCAUGUGGACGCCGGGCUAAGGAUUUUUCGAGGGGGCUCUUUCGAUCCGUACAUACAGUUCGAGAUCUCAGCUAUCAAGGACUUCGACCAGGAGAAAGACAAGGAGAAAUACUCCAAGGCUUUUACCGACUUCCUGUCCGAGAAACUACCUGUGAAGUACGACAGGAUCGUGGUGAUUUUCCACCGUCUGGACCCUGAGGACGUCAGCGUAAACGGAACCCUGGUCACCAGCCUGGAGAAGAAAGAAUGACGUUGUCAUCAGAAGACGUCUGUGGGGGUCCGCAUGCCCUUUUUCGUAGAGCGUAAUAUAGGCCGUUUUAAUUCUACGUAGGGCGUAGAUGGACCACUCUAAUUCAACGUAGAGCCUCAA